AUGUCAAUCAACAGUAAAACUAGUAUAUUUCUUUCUAAUGGAUAAUAGAUACCUAUUUUUGGUUUAGGUACUUUUAAAACUUAAAACGAAUCAGAAAUGACUAACCUUAUCAGUACAGCUUUAGAUGUUGGAUAUAGACUUAUUGACACAGCUAAAUUUUAUGAAAAUGAACAUUUGAUUGGAAAUUCAUUAAAGACAAUCUUUAGUGAGGGAAAGUAUAAAAGAGAAGAUAUCUUCAUAAUUACGAAAUUGUUCCCAUUUAAGGGAUAGUCAACUCUAGAUGUUGUAAAGUAACAGCUAAAAGAUUUACAUGUAGACUAUAUUGAUCUUCUUUUGAUACAUUUUCCUUUUGUCCCUCCAAGUGAUGAUUUAUAACAGUGGUAUUAAAAACCUAUUUACUAAUAAUGGGCAGAGUUUGAAGAAGUACAUAGCCUAGGAUUAGCCAAAGGACUAGGUAUCUCAAAUUUUAAUUGCCAGAUGGUAAUUGAUCUAUUAUAAUACUGUAAAGUAAGACCAGUUGUUAAUGAAAUUGAGUUACAUAUUUUUAAUCAACAAACAAGAUUUAUAGAGUUCUUAAAGAAAAUUAAAGUUUAUCCCAUAGCAUACAGUCCUAUGGCAAAAUAUACAGAGGUUGUUAAAAACGAAACUGUUACUAAAAUUGCAUAGAAAAAUAAUGCUUCUGUGGCCUAAGUUAUGAUAGCAUUCCUGCUUUAGCAAGAAGAUAUUAUUGUUAUUCCUAAGACUGAGAAGUCAGAGCGUUUAUAAUAAAAUUUUGAUGCACAAAAAUUGAAAUUAUGUGAAGAAGAUAUGCAAAUUUUGAAAAAUUUAAAUAUAAACAAGAGAAUUGUCAAUGUUGACACUGCACCAUUAUUUAAAGGAGUUCCAAUAUUUGAUUGA